AUGCUCAACAUAAAUAAUCAAUCGGUAUCCAACUCUCCCAUGGCCAACCCACACGAUUCCUACCAGCGAUGCACACUAAACGCGAUCCCUCAGUCAUCCGCGCUGCUCAACAAGAGUCGCAUUCCGUUUGGUCUACUGAUCACUCCCUACAAGAAUCUGUUUCCUCAUGAACCACAAGUGCCUGUUAUUACUGCUCCACAAAUUGUACGAUGUCGUCGAUGCCGCACCUACAUUAAUCCAUGGAUUACAUUUGUAGAAAAUGGUGCAAGAUGGAAAUGCAACAUGUGCUUUUUAACCAACGACGUUCCUGCCUUUUUUGACUGGGAUGCAGAUCAACGUACUCAGCUCAAUCGACUGGAUCGACCUGAACUUACUCACGGUGUAGUAGAGUUUGUUGCGCCACAAGAAUAUAUGGUGCGUCCUCCACAGCCUGUUGUGAUGAUUUUUGUCAUUGAUGUGACAUAUGCUGCUAUUCAAUCUGGCAUGGUUUCUGUUGCCGCUAAAUCUAUCAAAGAUUCGUUGGAUAAAAUUCCGAAUCUAGACGGACGCACCAAAAUCGCAUUCAUCACCGUUGACUCUGCUUUGCAUUUCUAUAAUCUUGGUAGCAGUUCGUCUUUUCCUCAAAUGAUGGUUGUAGCUGACUUGACCGAAACCUAUCUUCCCAUGCCAUCUGAUCUUCUUGUUUCCCUGACAGAAUCACGUCAAGUUAUUGACCAGUUUUUGGAUAAACUACCCUCUUUAUUUGAGCAUACACAACAAACUCAGCUUGCCAUGGGCAAAGCUCUCAAGGCCGCACAAAAACUUGUGGGUCACAUUGGAGGAAAGAUUGUUGUAUUGGAAUAUACUUUGGUCAACUAUGAUGAUGGAGCGUUGAAAGUUAGAGAGGAUCCCAAAUUAUUUGGGACGGCCAAGGAAAAUGGACUGCUGCAGCCAGCAAUUGGAUUUUACAAAUCUUUGGCUGUAGACUGCUCGCCUAUGCAAGUUUCUAUUGAUCUGUUCUUAUUCAAUCCUCAGUAUGCUGAUGUGGCUACUCUUGGUGGAUGCGCUAAAUUCACUGGUGGCUCGAUCCAUUACUAUCCUCGAUUCAGUGCAAAUCGAUACGAAGAUUCAAUCAAAUUUGCUUCUGAAUUAGGACACUUGCUCACCCGUCCAAUUGGGUUUGAAGCUGUGAUGAGAGUUCGCACUACUCGCGGCAUCAAAAUGAAGGCUUUCCACGGCAACUUUUUUCUACGCUCAACCGAUCUUUUAUCUCUUCCCAAUGUAUCUCCUGACCACUCUUAUGCUAUUGAGAUGGAGAUUGGCGAGGAUAUUACUACUCGUAUGGCAUGCUUCCAAACAUCUCUGCUGCAUACAAGUAGUAGUGGCGAACGACGAAUUCGAGUUCUGACACUUGCCGUGCCUGUCACCACUAAUUUGAGCGAAGUGUUUUCUUGUGCAGAUCAGCUGGCUUUGACAACCUUGUUGACUAAAAAAGCUGUUGAGCGAGCUCUUACAAGUAAAAUUGAAGAUGCGCGAGAUGCGUUGAUGUACAAGCUUCAUGAGCUUAUAGCAGUGUAUAAGAAUCAGUUUGCACGUAACGGGCCAAGCUCUCAACUGCUUCUUCCUGAAAAUCUCAAGCUGAUGCCGAUUUACACUUUGGCCAUGAUUAAACAUUUGGCGUUUAGGCAGUCUACAAGCAUUCCGAGUGAUUUGCGAUCCUAUAUGCUAGCUCUUUUGUGUGUAUUUUCACCAGAGCUGAUCAAGGUGACCAUGUAUCCACGAUUUUGGAAUGUAGACAGUGUGAUGACACAAAAGGAAAUCGGGACAGUUGGCGAGGGUGAGCGUAAAGGGCAAGUGGUGUAUCCACCUCAACUGAAUCUUACGAGCGAGAAGCUAGAUCGACAGGGGAUGUACUUGCUUGAUAAUGGACUGGAGAUGUUUUUGUGGGUAGGAAAGGCAGCCAACCCACAGCUAUGCCAAUCCGUGUUGGGUAACCCGCAAGUGGACACCAUACCGUCUGGCAAAACCACACUUCCAAUGAUUCCAAAUGACGAUGUCAACGAGCGUGUUCGUGGAUUGAUUGAAGGUGUAAGACAAGAGCGUAUGAUCAUGGGAAGUGUGUACUUGCAGUUGUAUGUUGUUAAAGAAGAUGGAGAUGCAGCGUUAAGAAUGUGGUUUCUAUCUCAUCUCGUUGAGGAUCGGAUUGAGCAAUUGCUAUCUUAUCCACAAUUUGUGGGUGGAUUGAAGGAAGGAGUUGCCAAGAUUAGUGUUUAAGGAUUUCUUUUUGAAUAAAAUAUUCAACGGAUUGUUUUAUAAUGAAUAAAAUAUUCAAUCGAGUUC